AUGAACGCAAGUGAAGCUCGCAUGAGUUGGGCACAGGCGCUGAUCGUCAACUACCAAGGUAUCAAGGCGCUCUCCAGUGCAGCCACACGCAGUACAGGAGCUGCGGCGAUGCAGUGCAGGUAUUCCUCAUUUAUGGUGCUAGACAGAUUUGGUGGAGUUGUUUCUUUUCAGUUUCCUAAUGGGGAGCUGCUCGAAGAAUGUGGAUUUCCUCUGUUGUUCACAGAAGGCAGAAUGGAUCUUGCUCUUGCCCGGGCGCCCGCUUUUCGCAGUGGCUUGCAUCACUGCCCUCUCCACCCGAUUGUGGGGCCAUGGAGUUCAGAAUUGGUUGCCCUGGACCUCGGGAGGGGAUAG